GUCUCGCGCAUUCGCUUUUCUUCGACUGUUACAACUGUUCCGUACCGACCACACAGUGGAGUAGGUACGGCGGUCAUAGUUGGUUAUUGUUAAUUUUUUUUUUCAUCAAAUAUUUUAAUAAUAUUUUUUUCAUUAACGCCGAGACAAAAAUCCCGUUUUUUGGAUUUUUUUUUUCCAUCGAAUAAUAAAUAAUCCAUUUCUAGCAAGAGAUGGCUCAUUUCCGAAAAACCAAAAAAGAUCACAACAAAGCGUUCAUCAUUCUCAGAAAGGGAUCUGAAGAUUCAGACGUUAUAACAAAUACAGCGGACCUGUCUCUGGGCAUUGAAAAAGAAGCGCUGCGGCGCGAAAAUGAGCACAGAGCUCGUUCACAACUACUUAACAGUCGUACAAAACCGGUGGCGUUUGCCGUUCGCACAAAUGUCGCAUUUGACGGUAAAAAAGACGAUGACUCACCGAUACAAGGCUGUGCGAUCACAUUUGAUAUUAAAGAUUUUUUGCAUAUCAAGGAAAAAUAUGACAAUAACUGGUGGAUAGGCCGACUGGUUAAAGAGGGCUCUGAUGUGGGUUUUAUACCAUCCCCCGCCAAACUCGAACUCCUGCGUCAGAUGAACCCAUCACGAAGCUCAAAAAAUCAUUCUUCCAAAAACUCGUCAUCAUCAAACUUAGCUGAAGAUGAUGAUCCUAUUGGAAGUGGUCGUAUAUCUGCCAGAACCACAUUAACCGCUCCUACAGCCAAAGACAAACGCAAAAUUUUCUUUAAAAAACAGGAGACCACUCCACCUUACGAUGUCGUGCCAUCAAUGAGACCAGUUGUGCUUGUCGGACCAUCUCUAAAAGGAUAUGAGGUGACCGACAUGAUGCAAAAAGCUCUAUUCGACUUUUUAAAACAUCGUUUUGAAGGAAGAAUAAUUAUUACACGUGUAAUGGCCGAUAUAUCUUUGGCUAAACGAUCUCUUCUCAAUAACCCCUCAAAAAGAACAAUCAUAGAAAGUAAACCUGGUUCAAACUCAAGAACGAAUAUAAUGGCUGACGUACAACAAGAAAUAGAACGGAUUUUCGAACUCGCGCGAACAUUACAGCUUGUCGUUUUGGAUUGUGAUACUAUCAAUCAUCCAUCGCAAUUAGCAAAAACUUCUUUGGCGCCAACCAUAGUUUACUUAAAAGUCUCGUCACCUAAAGUGCUCCAGCGAUUGAUCAAGUCCCGAGGCAAGUCUCAGACCCGACACCUAAACGUGCAGAUGGUAGCGUCCGAGAAGUUGGCCCAGUGUCCGCCAGAAAUGUUUGACGUGAUACUGGACGAGAACCAGCUAGAUGAAGCGUGCGAACACAUAUCCGAAUACUUGGAAGCGUAUUGGCGCGCGACCCACCCGCCCGUCACGCCCGACCCCAACGAACAGCAGCUGUUGACCAGGCCGAUCAGGAGCUCGCCGAGCAUGGACAUGCCCAUCAUGUCGUCGAUGAUGAACAACUACCAGCCGUCAGACUACCAAUCGAUGGAUCGCAUGCCACCGCGUCUCGAGCGCAUGCGCACCACCGAGUACGACGACUACGAGCUCAGCGAUCACGACAGCAUGGUGUACGUACCGCCGGCCAUCGGGUACCAGUCGAAACAACCUCAACAGCAACAGCAUCACAAGCACCAGCAGCAGCAGCAACAGCAACAGCAGCAUCAUCAUCAUCAACAGCAGCAGCAGCAGCAGCAUCACCAUCAGCAGCAACAGCAUCACUAUCAGCAGCAACAGCAGCAGCAGCAGCACCACUCGCAGCAGCAGCACCACUCGCAGCAGCACUAUCAACAACAGAAACAGCAUCAACAUCAGCAGCAUCAGCAGCAUCAGCAACAUCAGCAACAGCAGCAGCAGCCGCAACACUAUCAACAGCAACAGCAGCAACCGCCCAUGCGACGGCAGCACAGCGUGUCGUUCGAACGGGGCCAGUCGCAACGCGGACAGCCGCGCCCGGGCAGUAGCUCGCACAACGUGCACCACCAGCUGUCGUACCAGCUCAGCUCGCAGACCGACAUGCUGACGCACAGCCCGCCGGAGAACUCGUCCGACCAUCUCAUGUCGUACAUGUCGCCCACACUCAGAUCGUCGUCGUCCACGUGGCGCGGCAACGUAAACAUUUAGUACAAACAGACGGAAUUUUAAUGACAGCGCGCUCGACUUCGUUUUUUAGGUGACCGACUGCGAUCGUCAGAUGUAUAACGAUAAUAAUGUGCAAUAACGAUAUUGUAGUGAUAACGGCGGUGCGAUUGGAUACUCUCUCUCUCUCUCUCUCUCUCUCUGUUGGUUGUGUUUCGUGUUGGAACACGGCGGCGGUGUUGUUGCAUUAAUAAUUAUUGUUAUAUUGUCGUUGCGAUCGUCGUUCGUCGCCGCAGACUCGUCGGCGUGACUGUCAUUAAUAUUGCCGUAAACAAAACAAAUGUCAUGUAAAACACCCCGUUAGGAGGGUAUCUUUGCGAUAUUAUAUAAUAUACAUACCUGUCUUAGCAUUAGUCAACACGUCCCGUAGAUGAUAAAGGAACGGACGCAUAUAGGGCCACGAGACACGUGUAAAUAAUUGGAUAGGACGUGUCCACAUAUAUAAUAUCAUCAUCGUUAGUAUAAUCGCGAGAACGGCGGCGAUGUCCCGGCAAUAAUAUUAUGACGUGUCUCGGACGGAGAAAAAAUAGCUUCGUAAGCGUUCGAAACCUGCGAAAAUCGGCGGGUCCGUGUCUCAUUCGUUAAUUCGUUCGUCCGCGUGGAUAAGACAAGCCUACGAAACCGUGGGGUCGCCGCCUUUUUCGUGCCAGAGCAGAUGAACGGUUCUUGUCUUUUGUAUCCAAGACGAGUCCUUUUAAAAACAAGCUCCGUAUUUUGUGAUAAUACCACAAACACGUGACGGUCAUGGGGACUGGACCAAAAACCAUGAAACGAUAGCAAACCGAGGCAUACCUUUACUGUUCAAUAUUUUUCAACUCUCUCGCGAGAUCGACCUACCCCUCCCUGCCCCUUACACGUGAUGAAGUUUAUUCUACGACGAUACCUUCCGUUUAUUCUGCGCCAAAAGCGACCUCCUCAGUAUUGGAAAUGUCCUGUUCGCGUGUAUUUAUAUCGUCGUCUUGUGGAUACAACCCUAAAAGCUCAUCAUCAUUCAAUUCUCGUGUAAUAAACACGGAUAAUAAACAAAUUUGUAUAUUAUCCACUGUAUACGGGGGCGAUGAGCUGUGAUCAUGUCCUUUAUACACUCCUUUAUUAUUUGCGGGAGACAACACGCUGCGCUGGUAUACACCCACGCGUAGACUUAUUCGUGACAAAUAAUCAUGUAAAAAAUAUGUGCAAGUCUAUGCGGAGGUGUAUACUUUGCACGAUAUAGUUAAUAAUAAUAUGAUAUAUAAUAUGUGUAAAUAUAUUAUUAUUAUGAUUUAGUAAAUACGUCAUUAAUAUUAUAUAUAUUGAACUUCAAUUGCCUUAAUUGGACCAACAUUAUACUGAGUGCUUAUUAUAAUUAUUUAUAAUCGUAUUUCGUAUAUUAUUAACUUUAUGACGAAUAAAUCUGGUUAUGUUUAACAAUUUGAAUACCUAGUUAUAAUAAGUUUAAACGUGUAGCGUAUAAUUAUCAAUAGAAAUAUUAUUACUAUUAUUAUUAAAUUUAAUUGCUAUUUUUUAUCCGAUAAGUUAACGCCCGCCACUGGGCUAUAAUACUAAUGUAGAAAAAAUAAAACCCUAAUCAUCAUGAAACUCUCAAAAUGUAUUGUAAGGUAGCGUUUAUUAUACUCUUGUAAAACAUGACGUUUAAUGUUUUCAAUAGUUUGUAUAGGAUUCUUAGUAUAGGUAUACGGCUAAUAUACAUAACGGGUAAUAACUAAUAUUUAAGGAUAAUAAUAAUUGUUUUUCAUAAUGCUUGCCCUCGUUUAAUCAAUUAAACGUGAUAAAAUUAUCGACAUUUAACCUAAUCGCCUUUGUGUGUUUCUCUUUUUGUUUGUGUUUAUUUUAUUAUAAUACUGCUUUUUUUAAUAUACAGUUUUCUUUUAAAUUUAGAUAUUUAAUUUAAUUGUUUUAUUUUUAUCGUUGUUAAAUUAUUUCACUAGAUUUAUUUAUUUGUGUUGUUUUCUUUUUUAAAUCCGUACACAGUGUUAAAAAACAACGGUUUUCAGCCUAUAUUCAAAACUGUUGUUUUUCGAAAAUGUUUCCAAAAUUAUUAUAACACACACUGUAAACAGGGUCUUUCCGAAUUUCACGUUAUAGAAAAACAACGGGUAAUGCUUACGUAAUAGAGCAUUAUGCAAUCCCCUCAAUUUUUGUAACAUGAAAUUUGGAAAUCACUGUGUAUAAAGUAUAAAUAUAAUUUAAUUACUUUUACUGUGAAUUAGAUUGCUUUUUGUUUUCUAUAAUAUAUAAUAAUUAAUUAACGGUCCUAUAAUUUCCUCUCAACGUUUUAAUAUCCUAUAGAGAGAUGGAAAUUAAACGUUAAUUGUGUAUAUUAUAUAUAUUAUAUAUUAUCAUCCGGUUUUAUUUACUUAUAUUAUUAUGAACUAUUAUAUUGUAAUAGAAAUUUAUCUUAUUAUACCAUUUAUUUAAAUUUUCAUUUUUUUUUUCUAAUAUUUUAAUCGGACAAUUGGAAGUAAUUAAUAAUGAUUUCUAUUAAGUCAAUUUUAAAAUAAAAUUAAACAAAAAUUAAUUAUAAUAAUAAAAAAUAGGUAUAAUAGACAUCUACUGUUAUUGUAACUCUUGAGAAGACUUCCCGCUUUAAAUAGAUCAAUUUUUUUUCUUUCAUUGGUGGUCCACACGUAUAAUACUUACUUUUAACGCUUAUUAAUAUACAUUUAUUUUGUUUACCGUAUACAAAAUAUUAUUGUCGUGGUCGUUGUGUGUAAUUUGUAUGGUUUCGUUUGUUAUAUUAAUUUCAUCUUCGUUUGACUUCCAUGAUAAUAUCUAAACAUCAUUACUUUUUACAUAUUAUCAUAAUAUCCAAAGUUACUUGUAACUUAUUAUAGUGAUUAAUAAUUAUACCAACUAUCGCAUACCAAUAUACCAUCGUUUCAUCCAUAUAUUAUGAUUCCGAAUGUUGUACCCGAUCGACCACAGACACUUUUAAAAAUUUUAAAGAUAUUAUUCUUCGUAUCUCUAAGAACAGAAGUAACAUUUUUUUUUAAAACAUUUUCUCAAAUACCUAUUAUAGGACAUCGUGAUUUGAAGAUUAGUAACUCGACUGCAACGUAUGCCUACCACUGUGUAUGCAUUUUUAUAAUUCGAUUUACUAUUGCAUUUUUAAAUAAAAAAAAAUAAUAAAUUUUACUCAAUACCCACAAACAAUGACUUGUACACGUGACAAAACGCAGAUAAUACAAAUGUAAUUUUUUGUAUACUUUUUACACAAAAUAUUAAAUAAUGUUACUAUUUUAAAUUUUUCUAAACGCUUUGCUUUUUAAUAAUAUCUAUAAUAUAUGAAUACAAAAUUCGAUGACCAUACAAUGCGUAACGACACAUAACUUUUAAACGAUUUAAUACGCCUACUGACGAUUUCACAUUUUAAUAAAUUACAAUAUGGGAUCAAAAGAAGGGACGCCUAGCCAUCCUGUAGCUAUAUAUCGUAUUGCGACGAUAUUAUAAGCAUUCGAUCUACUCCGUAUCCGGUGCCGAGUGGAACGGAUGUUUUUUUACAUUAUUAUAUUAUUGCCGAUUUGGCCGUUCUAUACACGUCAAAAAUGUUAUUAUAUUAGUCGCAUCGACUCAUAAAUAAUUCCGAUACGUUUGAAAUUAACUAUAUAUAUAUUGCACCACUCGUAGUUUUAUUAUAAUUGCAUAUUAUUAUUAUUAUUAUUACUAUUAUUAUUAUUAUUAUUAUUAUUAUUAUUAUUAUUAUUGUAGUGACUAAAUUGACACAUGCUUGCCUAUGUAUAAUGGUUUUGUUGAUACAUUGUUGCGCUAUGAGAGUUCCUUUCGAGUUUAUAAUAUAUUAUUAUUAAUUUUUAAACACCUUUUGUACACGAAUAAUUAUAUUAUUGUAUAAAUAAUUUAUUUAUCGAUCAACAUCAAAGAUCAUAUAAUAUUAUAUACGUUAAACAAAAAUAAAUAAUUACGAGGAAUAUACUCGUGUAUAAGUUUACUCGAUUCCUUCAAUUAUUUAACUGUGACUUUUUUUUCGAAAUACGUAUCGUUUUCUGUAUUAUUAUGUAGUUAUUAUGUGUUUGAUAUUUUUCCUUAUUAUUAUUAUUAUUAUUGUUAUUUUAUGGAUCGCGAGUACCGAUUGAUGAAUGUGUCAAAAUAUGAUCGUCGUGAUUAUUAUUAUGUGUAUGUUUUGUAGUGGCUGACAUAAUUAAUUAUAUAAUAUUAUGUUCAUCGUCGUGUCAUUAUACUUGUAUAACAUAUUAUUAUAGUGUUUUAGUGUGUGGAUAUUGAACUUCGAUUGUUCGACAUAGUUGGCAUAACAUUCAUGUAUCAUAUAAUAUGAAGAAUACAUAAAUAUAUAUACGA